AAUCAAAGCUCAAAAUUCACUUUUUCUUAAAAAAAGACCAAGCAGUGGACCCCUCCCACGCCCGCAGCUCAUUGCCAGCUCUUCCUCCUCCUCCCUGCACCUCCUCCACCGCGCACCCCACCACACUACACCCCAAAGAAAAGCAAAAACGCUCCUUCACCAUUUUGGCGCCAAAAUUUCAAAUCCCCGCUUAAAUUAGGAAAAUAAUAAAACCCUAGCAAUCCCUAAAAUUCAAAAAUCCCUCGCUCACUCUUUAUAAGAAGCUCCUUUCCCUCGUUCCUCUCUGCAGCUAAAACCUGUUUGAUAAAAGUCGUCUGAGAGGGGGAAAAAAAACAGGAUUGAGAGAAAAUGUAUGUGGUGAAGAGAGAUGGGAGGCAGGAAGCGGUGCACUUCGAUAAGAUUACUGCUAGAUUGAAGAAGCUGAGCUAUGGGUUGAGUAUGGAGCACUGUGACCCUGUGUUGGUGUCCCAGAAAGUGUGCGCUGGUGUCUACAAGGGCGUUACCACCAGCCAGCUCGAUGAAUUGGCUGCUGAGACUGCUGCAGCCAUGACCGCUAAUCAUCCUGACUACGCCUCUUUGGCUGCAAGGAUUGUUGUUUCAAAUCUGCACAAGAACACAAAGAAAUCAUUUUCAGAGACGAUUAAAAUCAUGUACAACCAUUUUAAUGAGAGAUCUGGACUGAAGGCUCCUUUGAUUGCUGAUGAUGUUUAUGAGAUAAUCAUGAAGAAUGCUGCUUGUUUGGACAGUGAAAUCAUUUAUGAUCGGGACUUUGACUAUGAUUACUUUGGCUUCAAGACCUUGGAACGGUCCUAUCUCUUAAAAGUGCAAGGGAAGGUAGUAGAGAGACCUCAGCACAUGCUGAUGAGAGUUGCUGUUGGAAUUCACAUGGAUGAUAUUGAUUCUGUUAUCAAAACGUACCAUUUGAUGUCUCAACGAUGGUUCACUCAUGCAUCGCCCACCCUUUUUAAUGCUGGAACACCAAGGCCCCAAUUGAGCAGCUGCUUUUUGGUGUGCAUGAAAGAUGAUAGUAUUGAAGGCAUAUAUGAUACUUUGAAGGAGUGUGCUGUUAUCAGUAAAUCUGCAGGAGGAAUUGGUGUCUCCGUUCACAAUAUUCGUGCUACUGGUAGUUAUAUUCGUGGAACAAAUGGGACAUCUAAUGGCAUUGUUCCCAUGUUACGUGUGUUCAAUGAUACUGCACGGUAUGUUGAUCAAGGAGGAGGCAAGAGGAAAGGUGCUUUUGCUGUGUACUUGGAACCAUGGCAUGCUGAUAUAUUUGAGUUUCUAGAUCUCCGGAAGAACCAUGGGAAGGAGGAACAUCGCGCACGGGAUUUAUUCUAUGCGCUUUGGGUACCUGAUCUCUUUAUGGAAAGAGUUCAAAGUAAUGGGCAAUGGUCAUUAUUUUGCCCUAAUGAGGCUCCAGGUUUGUCAGAUUGUUGGGGUGAAGAAUUUGAGAAAUUGUACACCCAAUAUGAGAGAGAGGGCAAGUCAAAGAAGGUUGUCCAAGCACAGAACCUCUGGUUUGAAAUUUUGAAAUCUCAGAUAGAAACUGGGACUCCCUAUAUGGUUUUUAAGGAUACCUCCAACAGAAAAAGCAACCAGCAGAAUCUGGGUACCAUAAAAUCUUCAAAUUUGUGUACUGAGAUAAUUGAAUAUACAAGUCCAACAGAAACUGCUGUGUGCAAUUUGGCUUCUAUUGCUCUCCCACGAUUUGUGAGAGAAAAGGGUGUUCCAAUGGAGUCUCAUCCAUCUAAGCUCGUUGGAAGUAGAGGUUCAAGGAAUAGAUACUUUGAUUUUGACAAACUAGCUGAGGUUACAGGAGUAGUUACCUCUAAUCUUAACAAAAUCAUUGAUGUUAAUUACUACCCUGUUGAAAAUGCAAAAAGGUCAAAUUUUCGACAUAGACCUAUUGGCAUUGGAGUUCAGGGUCUAGCAGACACCUUCAUCUUACUUGGAAUGGCAUUUGAUUCACCAGAGGCUCAACAGCUGAAUAAGGAUAUAUUUGAAACCAUUUAUUACCAUGCUCUGAAAGCUUCUUCUGAGAUAGCUGCAAGAGAUGGUCCCUAUGAAACAUAUGAAGGAAGUCCUGUAAGCAAGGGAAUUCUACAGCCUGACAUGUGGGGUGUAGCUCCAACUAAUCGGUGGAAUUGGGAUGCCCUUAGGGAAAUGGUAUCAAAGAAUGGAGUGAGAAAUUCACUUCUUGUCGCACCAAUGCCAACUGCUUCAACCAGUCAGAUUCUUGGAAACAAUGAGUGCUUUGAGCCAUACACUUCCAACAUCUACAGUCGCAGAGUUUUAAGUGGUGAAUUUGUUGUGGUCAACAAACAUCUUCUUCAUGACUUAACUGAGAUGGGUCUUUGGUCUCCUGCUCUCAAGAAUAAAAUAAUUUAUGAGGAUGGUUCUGUCCAGAAAAUUCCAGAAAUCCCUGAUGAAUUGAAGCUUAUAUACAAGACUGUUUGGGAGAUCAAGCAAAAGACACUGGUGGAUAUGGCUGUUGAUCGAGGGUGUUAUAUAGAUCAGAGUCAAAGCCUUAAUAUACACAUGGACCAACCCAAUUUUGGAAAAUUAACUUCCUUGCACUUCUAUGCGUGGUCCAAGGGUUUAAAGACAGGAAUGUAUUAUUUACGAUCGCGUGCUGCAGCUGAUGCCAUCAAGUUCACUGUUGAUACUUCUCUUCUUAAAGAAAAGAAGCAGAAGUUGGGUGAUGAAGAUGAUGAUACUAAAAUGGCUCAGAUGGUUUGCUCUCUUACCAAUCGUGAGGAAUGCAUGGCUUGUGGAAGUUAGAGAAAAGAGUAUCAUUUGGUUAUAGUUUCUCUAAGUAUGUUUGGUGAAGCAAGAAAAUGUAUUAGAGAAUUUUAGGAUAUUAGUUACAGAGAUGGAAUCAAGUAUUUAUCGACUUAGAUAACCUUUUGUAUAGUAUUUAAUGUUGCUACAGUUAAAUUUGCCUCUAUACUGGAGUAUUUUGUAUAAGUUUCAUUGCUGUCAUGGAAAUUAUUUUA